UUUUCUCUCUCAUCCUUUUUUCCUUGCACUUUAUUUAUUUUCAAUUUCAUUGAAUUAUUCAUCUUUAAGUUUGUUGAAUGUAUCAAUUUUUUUGCGGACUUUCGAUAUUCUUGGUUUUUUGUGAUUAUGUUUAAAAUUUGGUUGGUCGAUGGAUUUUUUGAUUUAUUUUGGAUUUUUAUCGCUCAUUUUGAGGAUUUGAUGUCAUGAAUUUGUAUGUAAAAGUUAAGAAUAGAAUGUUAGGGUUUUUAAUUGAGUAUUUUGGGAUUAAGAAUUGAAUUUAGGAUUUUAUAUGCCGAUGUUAUUCAUGGUUUUUUAAUCUGUGCUAUGAGUUGGACAAAGCUAUGCCCUAUGGAUUUUUUGCCUUUUCCUCUAAUUCUACUGAUUACAUUGGUGCAGGGGAGAAUGUUGGUUCUGGUACUAAGUUGUAAUUUGCUCAACAGUUUACAUAUAUGUUCACUCAUAUCCUUACUGUCCAUGCUCCAUCCCUAGCUGAUCAAAUUUCAAGCACAAUUUUUUCAUUUUAUAUUUCGUCCAAAUUAUGUGUUGAUAAUUAUCGUGCUUUGUCUUUUUUCUGUAUUCUUAUGCCUGUGAUUCACUGAUUAUUCUUAACCAAGUGUGAAAGAUUAUUUCAAUUAUUCAGCCACUAUCUCCCAAAUCGUAGUAUCCUAGAACGACAUAGGAAUCAAUCUUUCACUCGUAUGCAAAGAAUUGAAUGCACCUGUUUAUGAUUGGAAAAUUUCCAUAAACUCCCCACUGAAGUUGGAGAAUCGACUUCCUUGUCCAGCUGAAUUCACAAUCUGGCAAAGGACAAAAGAUGGAAAAGGCAUGGAGCUACAGCAGGGUAAAAUUUUGUCUCGCAGAUGCGCUCAUAUACAUGCUGCUGAUCCCAGGAAACCCAUAUAUCUUUUGUUGUUUGCUCAGAGUGGUUGGACUAUGGAGAAGGACCCUGUUGUCAUCUUGAACCUGUCCUCAAAUGAUCUUGUUUCCUCAUUUUGGAUGGUUCACCAGCACACUAAAAGCUGCAAUCUUAAGCCGGUCAGUCUGUGGCAUUCUCAAAACUUCGAGAAUAGCUUCUGCAUACUCAUUCUCGGAUUGUGCAAGAAAUCCUGUUUGCUGUCCCUCUUCUUCCAGCACAAUGUCCAUCUUCGGACCAGCUGA